CUAGCAACCGCCGUGCGUGCCUAGCAACGACAGCGGCUAACGACGCAGACUGGGAAAUGAAGCAGUAAACAGCAGACUGAAGUUGCUGGAAGACGCGUUUUUAUUUUCCGUGAUACGAUUUCCCGCCAGCGAGUAAAGGACCUCAAGAUGGCGGCGUCGUGUUGACGGAACGUGGUGGCUUUGAAUCUGCAGUCGUGAGCCUUGAUAUCGUGACGUCAGCACCGAUGGAGCGGAUUUAAUGGUGAGGAACGGCUCUAUCUCGGUGCCGAGUUUGUCGCCAGGAUGCAGGAGCUGAUUUUUAUCAACGACGUCGACCAGUAUUCGUCCAAACACAUCGCUCAGUUUUUAGCGACUUUUGUCAGCGGCGAUGCUUCGGACUCGCUGGACAGGGCGCGGGAGGAUCCCGCCUUCCGGCUGGUCGGAAGCGUCUCGUCGUCGGUCCGAGCGGAUGACGCCAGUCUCCUGGUGGAGCACCUCAAGUCGCCUUCGAGGGAGAGGCUUCUGAGGCGGCUGCUGAAGUGUGACAUCAUCGUGUACAACGUGUCCGAGCAUGCCACCCAGGAGACGCUCGAGGAGGCCACCUGGGCCAUCACAACGCUCCACUCCGAGAUGGAGAACUUCGAGAACCAGAAGCUGUUCAUCCUCAUCUCCACGGUCAUGACGUGGGCUCAGACCAAGUCCCAGAACCCGGGCGAGACAGAAUAUCGUCUCACGGAGAUGGAGUACAAGAGAAGACGUCCACAUCCCAAUUUUAAAAAUCACCACGUUUUGGAGAAGCUGGUGCUCAAACUUGGAGGAGGCAAAUCCUCCAAGCUCCGCGCCUAUGUCCUGGCAGCUGGACUUCAGUACGGGAGGGGGGAGAGUCUUUUCCACUAUUUCUUCAAGAUGGCCUGGACCAUGGACCACCCCCACGUCCCCUUCUUUGGACAAGGCGGCAACUACAUCCCCAUGAUCCACGUCUACGACCUGGCGGGGGCCAUACAGAACACCGUGGAGGUCCGGCCCAGUUCCAAGUACAUCCUGGCCCUGGAUGACUCCAAAUACACGCUGGACGACAUCGUUGUGGCCAUCAGCGAUGCCAUGGGCUCCGGGAAGAUCCACAAAAUGCCAGAGGAAGACGCUGCAGCCAUGGGAGCUCAGCCUGAGGACCUGGAGUAUCUGGCCGUCAACCUGCGCCUGCAGGCCUUCGUCAUCAAAGACUCGUACUCGCUCUCCUGGGUCUCCGAGAGCGGCAUGGUGGAGAACAUCGACGCCAUCGUGGAGGAAUUCAAACAUGCCAGGGGCUUGCUGCCCAUCAGGAUAUUCAUCACCGGACCUCCGGCCUGUGGGAAAAGCACCCUGGCCAAGAAGCUCUGCCACUACUACAAAGUUCACCACAUCACCAUGAGAGAGGUCGUGGAGGAGCGGAUCGCCCGCCUGAGGGAGGUGGUGAGCGAGGCCGAGUCCGAAUACGCCAGCGCCACGGAAGUGGGAGCCGCUCAGAAGCUGCUGGACGAUAUAGACGAGUGCAUGAAGACUGAUGGCGUCCUGAGCGACCGGCUGGCUGCCAUCAUGCUGCAGGACCAGCUCAACUCCAAGCCCUGCACCAACCAGGGCUUCGUGUUGGACGGCUUCCCCAAAACCUACGAGCAAGCCAAGCUCAUCUUCAGUGAGAUCGAUGAAGAUGCCGAGCAACAAGACGAGGACAACGAGUCCAACGUCCCGACGUACAACGUUAACACUCCCGAGCACAUCAUUGCGCUCGGCGCUCCGGACGAGCUGCUGAUCCGGAGGGUCCAGGAGCUCCCGCAGGCCGUGGUGGAGGAGAGGGGCUACACCGAGGAGCGGUUUCUCGCGCGCCUGGACCGAUACCGCAAACGGGCCGACGUGGUGGAGAACGUGCUGGACUACUUUGAUGAGCUGGAGAUACAUCCAGAGUAUUACGAUGUGGGCACAGACGUGGAGUUCAAAGAAAUCAUGGAGCACAUCACCGAGAUGAUCGGACCGCCGAAGAACUACGGCCUGAGCGCCGAGGAGCAGCUGGAGAAGGAGCGGCAACUGGCUGAAGAGCUGAGGCUGAAGCGGAUCCAGGAGGAGGCCGAAAGGAAGCGGAACAAGGAGGAGUCGCUGACUCGCACCGCCGCCGACUUCCAGCAGUGGCAAACCAACCUGGCGGAGGUGAGCAAGCAGGAGCAGGAGCGGCUGAGGACCCAAGCUGUUCCACUGAGGAACUACCUGAUGAAGUUCGUGAUGCCUUCACUGUCCGAGGCGCUGGUGGAGUGCAGUAAGAUCAAGCCUGAAGACCCUGUGGACUUUGUGGCGGAACAUCUGCUUCGGAAAAACCUGCCGGCGUAACUGAUGAUGGAGCUGCUGAAGUGACCGUGAGAGACGAACGGGACACCUCAUCCAUCCCGUGACGUGAUAGCAGUCAAGGCGAUUUGUGAAAGCAGGCGAUUUGUGACCCACCGUCUUUCCCAGUCCAUCUGUUCAUUUGGGAGCAUCGGCCCCACAGAGAGGCGGGUGGUCUUCAGGUGGCAGUCCUGACACUGGACUGGAGGCCGUGGGACCGUCCUAUCGAGGUCAUUUGUCUCGGGACAGAUGCCACUGCUCCGAUCAGAGAUCUUCCGUCUGAGAGAGAGGGAGCAUGUUUUCCGACACACUUGGCUUCUCCUGCUGACCGGAUUGAGGUCCAUCAAACUAAGCCAGUGUCACAUGGAGUGGAUCACACCUUCAGCAGCAGUCGAGCACGACAGCGCAGGAUCAUGCAGAGCCUUCAGGCCUUCACAGACCUUCUGACGGGCUUCAGGCGUUUCACCAGCGUGGCUGCAGUUGUGAAGGCUGAGCAGCAGAUGGCGCUGCAGAUCUCUCGCUGGAGCUUCAGACGGACUGAAUGAAGGUUAGGAAAUGGGUCGUUAUAUGAAGGCUGUCUCUUUCAUUCCAUACUAUUCAAUCAUUCGUUUCAUAAAGGCAUUUCUCUCACGAAUAUUUGUUGCGUUAAUCUGCGAGAAAAAACCUAUUUCCCCCAUUUGUCUGCUGGUUCUUCUCCGCUCUUUAACAAACUCAUGUAUGUAUAUGUGCAUUUAAAUACAUUCACUUUUCAGAAGUUGUGUGUUUUGGCUUGUGCCACUUACUGUUGCUGUAAGGGUAGAAAGCAAUUCCUGCGACCCUUGAAGGCAACACUUCACGAGGAAACACUUGCUGAGUGUGUCGUCCUCUUCGUGCCCGAGACUGGUUUGCAGUAUUUCUGCUGCCCGAACCUACGUUUCUGUCCCGAGCUACAGAGUGCUGGAGAAAGAGCUGAGCCACAAGGCAAAGCUCUCCGCUGGUCUCACCUGUGGUCCCCAGCUAUGGUGUGACCUGAGGAACCUCCGAGAGAAGCUCCAGGAGAGAAGCUCCAGGAGAGACCCGGGGCGGUCCAGCAGGAGCCAGGCGCUGAAGUGAGGUGGGGGACACAUCACUGACAUGGAAACACCUCAGCAUUGAAGUGUCUGGAGAGACAGAACUGCAGACCUCUUUCUUCAGCUGCUGCCCCCCCAACCUACUAAGCCAAGUAAAGCGUGGAGGAACGUUGGACAAAUUCACCAUGUGGUCUGACGUCUUGUUUGUGACCCAUCUGCAGCGGGUUCCUCUCCAGCUGUUCGGUCCACACCAGACUUCUGAAAGUGUGUGAGGCUGUUGGACGCCCGCGGAUUCUGUGGAUAAACAUCUCUGCUCACAACUUUUUCCUCACUCCGAGUGAAGACCUUGGAGCUUGAAUAAUGGACACUCUGCAUCACCAAUAUAUUUAUUUCAUUCCACAACUUUGCUUUCUUGUCCACCUCCUUCCUAAACAAUAGCAAACGCACGUAAGAACCCCCAUGAGUUUUAACCUCACCCUCCGGCACGCUGCCUUGGGUUGUAUUUGUCUCUCCAAUCUGCAGGAUGAAGGUCAGCCGCGUCUGUAAAGUGGAGCAGGAACAAUACUUCACACAGAAGCCGUGGUUCUCUGCUGUCCAAGGUUCAGCGCUCGAUCGAUAUCUUUCACUCCAGUUAUGAAUCUUUCUUUGAGGAAGAGAAUGCUGCCACAAUAUCACUCCACUUUCAUCCUGGCGCGCCACGUCCUCCUUUUAUCACGCUGCGCUGUGGAGGCCCCGCAUGUUUGAUCCUUGGAUGCCGAACAAAAACAACACUUUCAAUCGGAAAUAUUAGACAUUAACUGGUAAUUACCAGCUCCAACCCUUGUCAUCCAGGCUGGACCCAUGAGGACACCAACAUGGUUGUUACAAGCACUGGUGGGCAAAACAUUCUCAUCAGUAUUGAAAAGAUUGACUUGUUCGUUUGUAAAUCAUUUAUUUUAGUAUUGAUGUUAGUUUUUGAAGAUUUGAUUGUAAAAUGAUCAGGAAAACACAAAGAAAAUGUAUCCAAAUUAAAUAAAUAUGGAAAUUCAGAGAAACACAGCUGACAAAGAAGAGUGGGUUCUGAUCGGAGCCGACCCUUCUCACCCUG